AUGCGGCGGCGGCGGCGGCGGCGGCGGGCAGCCGGCGGCGGUGGGGCGCCGCUGGGGGGCGCCCCGGACCCCAACCCCGCCGUGGGCCGGCCCGCCGGGCGGGGGGCGGGCUCGGCGGGCCCGGGGCCCCUCCCCGCGCCGUCCCCCGCCCUCGGGAGCCCCGCGCUGGCACUCGACCAGGCCCCGGACGUCUUCGUCCUGCGGGUGCUGCUGGAGGAGACCGGGGAGAUGUUCCAGGUGGCGCACUGCCACAGCGACAUGACCGUGCGCGAGCUCAAGGAGGAGCUGGAACUCGUCGUCGGCGUCCCCCUCGACCUGCAGAGGCUCCAAUACCUGGACCAAGGAGUUUUGAUGGAUGAUACCACACUGAAGUUCCAUGAUGUUGUUCCUGGUGGAAUUAUUUCAUUAUGUAUCUGGCAUUAUGAUGGAUGGACGGAACUGGUUUUGGCGGCUGUGGAAGGGGAUCCCAGUAAGCUGUCUUGUCUUGCUGUUGAUGAGGACUCCGUCUACCAAACUGCAAAUUCAAAGCAUCUUGGAGGCGAGCGGAGGAAGGAAUGGAUAUGUCAGAGGGCGUUCGUGGCCUUGUACAUUACCUCCCACAGAGGUCACCCAGAUGCUGUGCAGUACCUUCUAGAGCACGGAGCCAACUGUCUCCAAAAAACCCCCAUGGGCAGGACCGCCCUGCACGCGGCUGGGGCCAUGGGCCGUUUGGACUGUAUAAACCUGCUGCUCAACUACGGGGCCUCGGUCACCGACAAAGAUGCCAGGGGGGAGACCCCCAUGUCCAUCGCCCGGCGCAUGAACCGCAGACACAGCGAGAGGCGGAUGUUCCUUUUCUACUGGAUGACAAAGUCAGGGACGACGGACCCGAAGAAACUGCUCGCGAACCAGGUUUCUCACAGGGUGAAGGGUGGGUUUGGCUCCAAGAAGGGCCAAAUUUAGCUCCCACGGGCCACAUGUGCACGUCGAAGCUGACUUGGGUCACUUUUUGGAGUUCAAGUCCACAGUGGCCCUCGGUGAGCAGGAAGCCAAGAAAACAUGGCAGUUCCUCUGAA